AUGGACUCAUUCCAGCAGAUUGUACCUGCAGCGGUAUCAAUGUCUCACCCAAAAGAGCAAUCAUCAACACCACAACCACUUCGUCAUCCAUAUCUCAUCGGUAAUUUUGCACCGAUUCACAAGACCCUCAAUCUUACACCAUGCACUCAUAGUGGCUGUAUCCCUCCAGAACUCACCGGGGGACAAUACGUCCGCAAUGGGGGCAACCCAGUCAGCCAUGAAGACCUUGGUAGAGAUGCACAUUGGUUUGAUGGCGACGGUAUGCUCUCAGGCGUCUUAUUCAGGAAGGGACCUUAUGACGACCAGAUCGUUCCUGAGUUUGUGAAUCAGUACAUCCUCACAGACUUGUACUUGUCUAGGAAAACGACGUCUGUCAUGUCAGCCAUUAUGCCGAGUAUCACUACUCUUGUCAACCCUCUGUCAUCACUACUCAAGAUCCUGCUUGCUACAUUCAGGACAAUGUUUUUAGUAUUUCUUUCAAAUCUUCCUGGGUCACAACAAGCUCUGAAGCGUACUAGCGUCGCCAACACGGCCAUUAUAUACCACGAUGGUCGGGCGUUGGCAACAUGUGAGAGUGGCCCACCCAUGCGUAUCCAUCUUCCCUCUCUGGACACCGUCGGCUGGUACACUGGUAACCAAGCUGAAGGCGAGCCUGAGCAAUCACCUUCAGAGAACAAGAUCGAGCCUUUUGGAGGUGAUGGUCUCUUGAAAUCAAUGAGGGAGUGGACAACAGGACAUCCCAAGGUUGACCCCAUUUCUGGAGAAAUGAUACUCUAUCACAACACCUUUAUACAGCCUUAUGUACAUUACUCUGUACUGCCCAAAACCAGCGUCCAACCACCGACUACGAAUAGACUUGUCAACCAAGCUGUCCCAGGUGUAUCUGGAGCUAGGAUGAUGCAUGACUUUGGAGCAUCACGCGCUCAUACCAUCAUAAUGGAUCUUCCAUUAAAUCUCGACCCGUUGAACCUCGCCAAGAACAAGGAAGUGGUGUCUUAUGACCCUUCAAAACCUUCUCGCUUUGGAGUGUUCCCGCGCCAUGAACCAAACAAUGUGCGGUGGUUCCAAACAGCACCUUGCUGUGUUUUCCACACUGCGAACUCGUGGGAUACAAGGUCUGUCAACGGUGCCAGCUCUGUCAAUCUUCUCGCCUGUCGCAUGACUUCGUCUACGGUCGUAUACACGGCUGGGAAUAUCAAGCCUCCAGCGAAACCCAAGCAUUCACGCAUCAAAUCUUUGCAUGCGACAAAGGAUGUUGGCCAAUGGGAUGAGAAAGAUAUCCGACGUUUUGAGGCAGCACCCAUGUUGGAGUCUCCUACUGAAAAGGUGCAGCGUGACGAUUAUUUCUCUCCCAGCGACGAGGCAGAUGACUACAGCCAGUGUCGGUUAUACUACUAUGAAUUUGACAUGUCUUCGAUAUCGACGAACAGGGUCAUCAAUCAAUGGGCUCUCUCAACCAUCCCGUUCGAAUUUCCGUCUGUCCGUCCGGAUCGCGAGAUGCAAGAUGCUCGUUACAUUUAUGGCUGCAGCACCUCAACAUCAUGCUUCGGCGUUGCACUUGGCCGAGCAGACAAGGUCGAUCUUCUUGUCAAGAUAGAUGCAAAGACACUCAUUGAGCGAGGGAAGAAGAUGAACACAAGACCGGUAACAGGUUGCGUCGACAGGCGAUCUGCUGGAGAGAUUUUAGACUCGCAAGACGACAAAGACCCCAUCAAGAUCUUUCGCCUGCCCCCGAGACACUUUGCACAAGAGCCUCGCUUUAUUCCUCGUUCUGGUUCUACAGAAGAGGACGCUGGCUAUCUGCUCUUCUAUGUCUUUGACGAAUCUCAGAUACUGCCUAAUGGUGACUGUCCACCUUGUUCCGUGUCGGAACUCUGGAUUCUCGAUGCGCAGAACAUGCGCGAUGUCGUCGCCAAGGUUAGGCUUCCACAAAGAGUACCCUAUGGCCUUCACGGAACCUGGUUCUCAGCCAAGGACAUCGAGGAGCAACGAGCAGUGGACUCAUUAAGAAGUUUGGAGACUGUGCAGAGGAAUAAAGAGGCGUGGGUAAAUGACGGAGGAAGUCUCGCGAGGUCAUGGAUGUCUAUUAGGGAGAAGUUGGAAAGGGCUGUGGGAUGA